AUGAAUAAAAAUUUUGAUGAUGAAGAAGUGAUAACAUUUUUCGAGCAGUCACUAGAGAAUUCUAUUACAGACUUUUCUUCUGAUUCUGAUGACAAUUAUGAACCUGGCAAGAGAUCAGCAUCUAAAAUGGUUAAAGCAGAAGCAGAAAAACUUACAGAAUGUUUUAUGGAUGAAAGGUUUGAUAAUGGCGUUGACACUUCCCGAAAAGUUGUGAAAAUUUAUAGAAAUAAUAAUACCAAUACUUACACACGUAAUAAUAGCAAUACUACUGGUAAUAAUAACAACAAUAUUACCGGUUAUAAUAAUAAUUUUAUGCGUAAUGAUCGCAGUAGUAAUAAUAGAAAUUUUAACCGUAGUAAUAAUUAUACUAACAACAUUAAUCGUAAUAGUAAUUAUAGUGGUAAUAAUUAUAGUCGUGGCAACAGCUAUUCUGAAUCCAGACAUCAUCGGGGUCUGAACAGUCGAAAUUACUCACCUGCUAAUUUUCAAAAUUCUCGAUCUGAGCCCAUGGAUAUUGAUCCGUCUACCUCAAAUCAUAGAAUAACACCAUAG